AUGCAAAACCAAACACUGAUGAGAGUUGCCACUUUUGUGGGAGAUAGCGACCACAAUUGGAAAAUUGCCCAUGUGACCCUCAAUGUUCAAGAGAAGUUCAGAUACGUCUUCCAAGGACUCAGGGGCAGUCACAGCAGCUCAUCUGGUGGAAUUUUUAUUGAUGAUGUCACCCUAACUGAGACACCGUGCCCCAGUGCUGUAUGGCUCAUUCGGAACUUCACCUACAUUCUCCAGACUUCUGUUUCAGGCUCUGUGAUGCGUAGUCCCCGGUUUUAUAGCCCUGAGGGCUAUGGUUAUGGUAUAACUUUGUAUCCUCAUGGCACAUCUAAUUCCUACUUUCCAGAUUACGCCCGCAUUUCUUUUCACUUGUGCAGUGGAGAGAAUGAUGAUGUUCUGCAAUGGCCUGCUGAGAACAGACGAGCUAUUAUAACGGUGCUAGACCAGCACCCUGACAUCAGGAACAGGAUGUCCUCGAGCAGGAGCUUCACAACAGACAAGAGCCAAGUUUUGCCGGAUAAAAAUGAUACUUCAAUGUGGGAUAAACCAUCUGUUGUUGGAACAUUCGACCCUUCAUGCAACUGUAAUAGAAGCUUAGACUGGGGGUGGAGUAAUUUCAUCUCUCACAAACAGCUGAGACAGAGGAAUUUCCUGAAAAACGAUGACCUCAUUAUUUUUGCAGAAUUUAAAGAUCUAACCUAUCUCAAAAAGACUGAAGUCCCUAUUAAACCGGCCCAAUCCAUCACCAAAGGCCUCAUUCUUGAAAGGCAGAGGAGAUCAGCCCUGAACAUUGGCCCCCUUGAAGACUGGCCAUCCUACAUGAGAGACCCGUGUGACCCAAAUCCUUGCCAAAAUGAUGGAGUCUGUGUGAAUGUGAAAGGGAAAGCAAGCUGCAGGUGUCCUUCAGGCAACACCUUCUUCUAUACAGGUGAGAGAUGCCAGGCGGCACAGGUCCAUGGGAAUCUCCUUGGAAUGAUGGUUGGUGGAGCUGCCGGAACAAUAGUAUUAAUUAUCAUAAUUGUUUCCAUGCUAACUAGAAGAUAA